CAUUAGCGCCCCGCGCGGGGGGGGGCAGUGCAGGAAUGCACCACUGCAGCGGGGAGGGGCGUGGUUGCCAUGGCGACAGCGCUGGGACGCCGCGGCCUAGCGCAGGUCCCGGGCCCGGCGCCUCUUCUCCGCGGUUGCUGUUGAUUCAUCCGAGCCCCCCGGUUCCCUCCGGCUCCCCAGCACUGCUGGAGACCGCCGGGCCCGGGGGUGCCGUGCGGGUCUGCUCCAGCAGCCUGUGCCGGUAGGGCUGGUGGCCCCAUCGCUCCCCGGCCUGGUGGCCCCGGUGUUCCCCGGCCGUGUCCCGCCGCUCCCGUGCCCGGCGCACCGCGGACCAUGGCGCACCUCCUGGGCCACCGCGGCUGCAUGGAGAGCCUGCGGGCCGACCUGCGGGACCUGCAGGCCGCCAUCGCCGACGUGUGCUCCCGGGCCGGCGCCGUGCGCUUCCCCUCCUGGAAGUUCCCCGACAAGGUGUCCUGCGAGCUGGACAUACCGCUGCUGCUGCAGCGCUACAGGCACAGCGACAGCGAGCCCGAGUUCAGCCAGCACGCACACGUGGUGCUGCUGGAGCUGCUCAUCGACAGGUGA